AUGGCGCCCAAGAAGAAGAAGAAGCCAGCAGCGAAUCCCGCUCGAGGCUUCGCCACCACUUCUCUACCCUCCAAAUCGAAAACGGUCGCUGAGACUGACGAUGUUUCUGUCGUCGAUGAUCAACCGACGCGGGCAGCCGGGGGUGACGCGUCCGUUCAUGUGGGUGAAGAUCCAGGACCUACUGAUAGCAAGCAGCCUACAGAUGGCGUUCAGAUCCAAGAUAUGACUCCCGAGGAACUAGAAGCUCAUCUGGAGAACUCCGAACUGAACUCAAUGCUUGACAAGCACGGUCCCAGAGUUAUCGCCGAUGCUCGGCGUCAGGUCGCCAGACUAGAGACUGAACGACGUCAACUGCGCCUUCAAACGCAGAAACUAUCCACUUACAACUGGCUGUCAGAAGAGAUGAUUCGUGAGCUGUCUGACAUGGCGAUUGAGGAUGAACGCGGCACAUCAGCUGCAGGCCAUAUCAGGCUCCAUGAAACUGACGAGGAAAAGCUCGUCCGGGACCUGUGGACCUUGGAACGAGUCUUAAGAUCCCUGAACUUUCCAAAAGUGUCUGAAGCCAUCGCGUAUAUCGCAGAACUUGCCCUCUCGAACCAAGUGAAACCCCUUAUCGAUUCUGUGCCUGGCCUAGCCGAGGCGCUGCAAUGGUAUGCCGGGAAUACUCAGUCUGACGAGCUCACCCACUAUGAGCAGACAAGUACCACAAAAACGGAGCGAAGCGGUGGAAGCACUCCGGCUCAGGUAUCAUCUGAGCCGACAACUGUUACUCACAGUAGACAAAGCCCUGCUUCAACUCCUCCGAAAGUCUCGGACGCAGAGGACGUUGCGCUUACCUCUUCAGACAGCGAGGAAGAAGACGACCCUUCCAAGCUGACGGACAGAUACAUCCGAAUCCAAUCACUGAUAUGGAAUGUCCAGAACCAGGCCUUCGAUGAUCGUCAAGAUAAGGGACCCAUGAAAGAGAGGAGGUUGAUUAGGUGGAACCAGAAGUUGCAACAUAUACUCCGUGAUCCACUCUUUGACAAGUGGGAAGCAGAAUCUCAAUGGAGAGCCAACUUGCUGGAACUCCAGGCCGUACAACAGCAGCGCAUGCGUGUAGCAGCUGCUACUCGGCGCGGGAAGAAGAAGCAAGAUCUUUGUGAAGAGACGGUAAGCAGCGACCUAGAGGCAACGGAGACCACAUUGGAAGAACAUCAGAGGGAUGGGGACGAUGACGCCCUCCUAGGCGGCAUGUUUGGAGAGUCUGAAGAUGCUCCUUGUGCUGCCCAAAACCAGACAGCCUCUGAGAGCCCGGUGAAGAUUAUCGCCUUCCCAAAGUGGACAGGAAUAUCACCGAGAAGACUGUUGGAAGAAUUGUGUAAAACUCACGACUCGAAAUCUCGAGUGCGGUUCAGAGCACUGGUCCAAACUUCAUAUUCAGCCAGACACGAACUAGAGAUCUCCUGGGCCGUCGACAUUAUGCUCGAAGCUCACACGGUGGCCGCGCUGCCGCGCGAAAUCUCCGCGCAAAUAACUGAGCGGAACUGGACUCUGGGAAUGAAAGACGUCGCAGCUGCAAAUAGUACGCAGUCCGAAGCUUACAUCUCUACCCUCGCCCUCUUUCUACUCUCAACAAUCGGACCGGGUGAGGCACGAGCUACUGGCCGCCUGCCAACUGUCUGGCGUGACUUGUUCAAGGAUUUGGCCGACGACAAGCAAGCUCUGGUCAAUGAGGAACACAAGACAACCCUUCGUCGGUUACGAGCACUCGUUCACGAGACGGAAGACAAGUUAAAGCAACAACAGGACCCACCCCUCAAUGCUCGUGCACAAAUGCCGAACCUUUCGAAAGAGCGAAGUCGGCCACGGUCAUCGGCUGCCACGAAGAUCAGCCCGGAGCAGGUCUCUAGGGAAUGGAGCUCCAGGACUUCUCGACCAUCGUUCCAGCAAAUGCUCGAGGUUCGUCGGCAACUGCCGGUACACCAGUACAAGGACAGAAUACUGUCGUGCAUUGAGGAAAACCCGGUUAGUGUCAUCUGUGCAGAAACCGGCGCUGGGAAGUCCUCUGGGAUUCCUGUGCUGCUUUUAGAGCAAGCAUUUGCUACUUCUCGAGAUUGUCGCAUACUGGUCACUCAACCACGAAGGAUCUCGGCUGUUACACUGGCGAGGCGGGUGUCUCAGGAGCUUGGAGAGAGUCGGAACGAUAUUGGGACGAUCCGAUCACUGGUCGGGUAUGCCAUACGGUUAGAGAGCAAAACUAGCAAUUCCACAAGAAUCACAUAUGCUACCACCGGUGUUCUGCUCAGAAUGCUGGAAGAGUCUACAGAUCUUGACGACUUGGACUAUCUCAUACUUGACGAGGUACACGAGCGGACCAUGGACCUGGAUCUGCUAUUCAUUGCAUUGCGAAAGUUGCAGAAGCGGCGGUGUAGCCUGAAGAUCAUUCUCAUGUCAGCCACCGUCAGCGCGAAAAAGUUUUCCGACUACUUUGAUGGUGCACCAGUGCUGGAUCUUCCUGGCAGGACGUUUCCAGUUGAUGUCAGGUUCUUAGAGGACGCAGUUGAGGCCGCCAACGAGCUUGGCGGAGUCAAUGAUAAAGCUCUGGUCCUUCAAGACGAGGGUACGGAUUUCGAUGAAGCCUAUGCGGACGAGAAGGGGCGACCCGUCAUCAUGGAGCCAGCGAAGUACAGCAGUCAAACACAACAUACAGUCGCCAACAUGGAUGAGUAUCGAAUCGACUACAACCUCAUCGCAAGACUCGCUGCAUGUAUUGCUACGGGACCACAGUAUGCCAAGUACAGUGCUGCUCUCUUGAUCUUCAUGCCCGGCAUAGGCGAGAUGCGACGUCUCCACAGCCUUCUCCUGUCUAUGGACACGUUCAGUCGCAACUGGGUUGUUCACCUGCUGCAUUCGACCUUCUCGACCGAAGAACUCGAGCGAGCAUUUGAACGGCCUCCACCCGGUCACAGAAAGAUCGUCAUCGCAACCAACAUCGCUGAAACGGGCAUCACCAUUCCCGACGUGACGGCCGUGAUUGACACGUGCAAGGAGAAAAUCAUGCGCUUCGAUGAACGUCGCCAGUUAUCCCGGCUAACGGAGGGAUUUAUAUCUCGCUCCUCCGCACGCCAACGCAGAGGUCGCGCUGCCCGUGUCCAAGACGGUCUCUGUUUCCACCUUGUUACCAAACAUCGACAUGACAACCAGAUGCUCGAGCAACAGGUCCCAGAAAUGCUUCGGCUGAGCCUGCAAGAUCCGAUGUUGCGCAUCAAGGUUUGGGAUCUGGGCUCGAUUGAGGAGACGCUCAAUGCGGCCAUUGAUCCACCUUCCAGGAAGAAUAUCCUCCGGGCAAUCGAGAAAUUGAAGGACGCAGGUGCACUGACGAAGAAUGAAGGACUCACGCACCUGGGCCAGCAGAUCGCGAAAUUGCCCCUCGAGGUUUCGUUGGCAAAACUCGCGAUCUUUGGAGUGAUUUUCAAAUGCUUGGACCCUGUGCUGACCAUGAUCUCCCUCUUGACUUCCAAAUCACCCUUCCUGCCAGGCCCAGCCGCCAGCAGUAGCGGGCAGCAACCUAACGCGCGACUCAGCUUCAGUAGAGGCGAGUCCGAUCUCUUGUCCUCACUCCACGCAUACGAGAGCUGGAAAAAGGCCAGACUCGCUCGGACCGCCCAAGACUUCUGCCGCAAGAACCACAUCAGCGACCAAACAAUGGGUCAGGUCGAAGAGCAGAAGAUACAGUUGUUAGUGUAUCUCGUCGAUGCCCGCCUAGUCGUCCUUGACCCAGACGAGAAAGGACAUCUGAACCGAGCACGUUCGUACCACGGCCACGGCCCGCCCAGCUACAGCAUUCCAACCCGAUACAACCAACCAGUAUCCGACCGCGCGCUCAACGCCAUCAGUGCCAUGGCGCUUUAUCCGCGCAUCCUCAUGCGCGAAGGCAAAGGCUGGCGCAACGUCUACACGAAUCAGAUCGUCACUCUUACUUCUCGAUCGAUCAACCAUCCUUCCCAUUCUGCCAAACCACCGCGCUGGCUGUCCUUCUACGAAGCGAUGCAGAACACACGGUCCGGCAACCUUAAUGUCUUCGAGACGUCCGCAAUCCCGGAGUCCGCCCUCGCGAUCCUGCUAGGUAGUGAUGUCGAGUUCAAGUUCUACGCCGGCGUGAUGGUCUUGGAUGGCGGGAAGGUGAAGCUCAGCGUGAGGCAAUGGAGCGAAUUGAUGGCGAUCAAGACCCUGAGAGAGAAGGUGGAAAAAGUGUUGCAACAAUGCUACAGUGCCCCCAGCCAGGAGGUUGCCGAGCAAGAUAGGAAGUGGUUGGAUCUUUGGUUGAGGAUCGAGGCGGCGCAGGAGUCAUGA